AUGGAGCAGACCGCUGAUGAUAUUCCUGAUACUUCUGCACAUCCUGAUGCUGAUGAGUCGGAUGAUGCUGCUAAUAUUGAUGAUCAGGAUCAGCAGACCAGAUUUCCCGGAGGACCGACGGUGACAUCUCUGUUGACACAGUACGAGCAUCACGUGGCUCGGAGGUUAUGGGAAGGAGAGGAUCGUGGAUCACUAAAGGUAAUUACUCACGGAUUGAAAUUGAAGAAGUUUGCGGAAGUUCCUAUUCCAGCUCCUGUAGAGCAUUGGAUUCAGGAAUCUGGGCUGAUGCAUCUAUCUUCAGGCUACCUCACAAUGGCGGAUGCUGGUCUGAUAUCGGCAUUUGUUGAAAGAUGGCAUCGAGAGACCAGCUCAUUUCAUCUGCCAUUUGGAGAGAUGACGAUCACCUUAGAUGAUGUUGCGACUCUCCUUCACAUCUCACCGCAUGGUAAAUUUUUUGAUGCACCUUUGAAUAUGAAUACUAAUAAUGCUGUAAGAGCUGCACAUGAGUACUUAGGUGCAACAUGGGAGGAAGCAUGUGCUGAGAUUAGUUAUAAUAAAUUUGGCUGCACUAUUUUCGCCGAUAAAACACAUACGCGUGUUGAGGCGAAAUACAUUACUCUUUUUAUUGAUUUACAUCGUUGUCGAGACUACUCGUGGGCUUCCGCGACAUUAGUUUUCCUUUAUGACAACUUGGAGAUCGAGCUGUCCACGACACUCGACAGCUGGGAGUGUUGGAUUUACGAGCACUUCCCUAGGAUCUGUAAGCGGGGUGAUAGAGGAGCGGUUCCUGCGCAUCUUCCAAGAGCAUGUAGGUGGACUGCAAAACAUGCUGUUGAAGGUGGAUUGAUGGCAUAUCGUCAGAGACUUGAUGGGUUGUUGCUCGAGGAUGUAGUGUUUACACCAUAUGAUGAUGAUCGAGCUAAUCAUCCGUUUGUAUCGGUUUCGAUGUUUUCUGGAUAUCUUCGAUGUGGUGGAGUCUCAAUCCCAUAUUUGCCAGAGCGAUGUCUUCGACAGUUUGGUCGUAUUCAGUGCAUUCCGCGGGACGUUCCUCCGAUGUCGGACAGUAUAGAUUGGGUGUGGCAGAGUACUAUGAGAUCAUCUGUAGAGACCUUUCGUAGACUAUAUCCUGUUGCCACUUUUUCUGGAGAGGUCACUGCAGACUACGAUGCAUGGUACAUUAGUGUUUCACAUCCUCUGAUUCUCCCUCCAUCCACCGUUGCACCUUCGAGUCCACAUACUACUGUUGCUGCCCAUGCUGGUCCAUCAUCGUAUGCACAUGCUGGCAGAGACCGUAGAGCAGCUGAGCUUGCACAUAGGGCCUUAGAUAUGGUAAGACCAUUUAGUGAGAUUCAUGAAAUAUUGAGUGAAUUAUGUCGCUUGUAUGACGAUUAG